AUGAACGGGGCAAUCGAGGCAGCCAACAAGAAUAUCAAGCGGAUUCUACAAAAGAUAGUGGACAAUCAUAGGCAAUGGCAUGAGAAAAUAUCCUUCGCCUUACUGGGUUAUCAGACCACCAUGAGAACAUCCAUUGUGGCAAUGCUGUACAUGUUAGUAUAUAGAACUGAAGUUGUAAUACCCGCAGAGGUUGAGAUACCAUCUCUAAGGGUCAUUCAAGAGGCCAAGUUGGACGAUGCAGAAUGGAUAUGGGUCAGGCAAGGGCAACUCAUGCUCAUCAGUGAGAAGAAAAUAGACACAGAAGAAGACAAAGGAAAAUUCGCACCAAAUUGGCAAGGUCCUUACGUGGUUCACCGAGUAUUGUUGGGUGGAGCUCUAAUCAUGGCCGAAAUGGAUGGAAGAAUCAACACGGAGCCCAUCAACUCAGACGCAAUCAAGAGAUACUUUUCCUCUCUUUCUGAUUCCGAUUGUGAUACUGAUUCAGAGCUUGAGCUCUUGGUUUUCCUAAAGGCUAAUUUGAACACUCGAUUGCAAUUUGAGCUGCUGUUUUUGAACCUUUUUAGGGAAUGUUUUGGCUGGAUUUCGGGGCUAAAAACAAUGGUGUUUGGAGCUGAUUUUCGAACUGUUUUUGGACGUUUUUGCAGCUAUUUUUGA